CGUCUGUGUGUUCAGCGCUUAAAUCAAUUUUGACAAGUAGUCUGUUUGAAAGAAAGUUCUUGACGUGUAACUGCAUCGUAAAAUUAUCGAGACAACAUAUAUUGCUAGUGAAGAUACCUCCUUACACAGUGCCAGAAUUAUCGACAUAAAGCUUAAUAAAAAUAAACUACAUAUAUGUGCAUAGAUAUUUCCAAUUCUAUAUUGCAUAUUUUAGAAAAUCGUAGCGACGUUAACGUAUAAUAAAAUGAACGACAGAACUAUUAAAUUGUUGAUAAUUGGCGAAAGUGGAGUUGGAAAGUCUAGCCUCAUUCGUCGGUUUACUGAAGAUAAAUUUGAUGACAAUCACGAUGUAACUAUUGGAAUGGAUUUCAAGAGUAAAGUUGUAAAUAUUGAUGGCCUCGAAUAUAAAUUAGCGCUUUGGGAUACUGCAGGUGCUGAAAGAUUUCGAAGUCUUACUCCCAGCUUUUAUAGAAAGGCGUUGGGAGCUGUAUUAGUUUAUGACAUCACUAACCGCGAAUCAUUAACCAAAUUAGAAGCGUGGCUUGCAGAGCUUGAAAAUUAUAGUGACAAUCCAAAUAUUGCUACUAUAGUAGUAGGAAAUAAAGUCGAUAAGGAACGAGUUAUUAGCCGUGAAGAAGGUUUGAAAUUCGCUCGAAAACAUAGAGCUCUAUUUCUGGAGGCCUCAGCAAAGGGAGAUAAAUUUGUUGCAGACGUUUUCAAAGAAAUAGUUGAAAUGAUUGUGACAUCGGAUUACUAUAGUUUUUCUCAAAAUGGUGGAAUGAUUGAUCUAAAUGCAGAGGAAGAGACGGGUGCAUCAAACUGCAGAUGUUGAUAAAUGUUUACAAUAAAUACUGUAUGUAAUUUUGUUUUAACAAUAUAUAUGUAAGUCAAGUUAUCAUCUAUUUAUAAAAAAUUUAUAUUUCGUUAGCUUAUUAAUUAAAAAUAAAAAGUAUAUAACAAAAA